ACCUGCACGACAGUGGGCUUUUCUUUGCGCUGAUGUUGACAAUUAUCGCUGUGCUGGCAGCGUUCAUCAUCAUUGGGAAUUUGUUCGUCCUCUUGGCCGUUUACAAAAACUACAAUCUACGAACGCCGACGAACUAUAUCCUAACAAGUCUAGCAGUAAAUGAUAUGAUGACAAGUUUGGCUCUUGCUCUUAACUCCUACCCAGCAGCAUUCUCGCAAAAGAAGUGGUACCCUAUCAUGGCGGACUUGCUAGUGUUACCACUUUUCACUUUGUGUUCGAGUACACUCCUCCACAUUAUUGCCCUUACCGUAGACCGGUACGUCGCAGUAACAAAACCGCUUGAAUAUCCCGCAUUGGUUACUCCAAAACGCGUUGGUUACGCGAUAGCGUCCAUUUGGACCUCAAGUCUGAUUUUUCUCGUAUUACGCGGUUACAUUGACCUAAACGAAGUUCCAAAUGCCAACCGCGAAAGAGGAGAACCGCGCUAUAGCUUUGGGUUCGUAGCCUUCUGCUUGGCCGUCGAUUCAUUUUUGGUCAUUUCACUGUUCUUGAUAGUCGUCUCCAACCUCCACAUAAUGCAAAUCGCUGUCAAGCAGGCAAGAGCCAUAGCGAUUCAAACAAGCAACGGUCAAAAUAACCACGUCGCACCGGCAGCGUUGGAGCGCAGGCUCAAAGCGGUUAAGACAACUGGCAUUAUAGUCGGUGUCCUUGCAUUCUUUUGGUCUCCAUAUAUCGUGUUCUUCACUCUUCAUGUAACGCCGUUAGCGGACAAAGCAUCAAUGGUGUAUCUAAAUCUUUGUUUCCCGGUAGCAGUAGCUAUUGCUGCCGCACUCAAUCCCUUCAUAUAUCAUCAUAGAGAUAGGGAGUUCCGCAACACCUUCCUCCAAAUAUUUCGAGCUGCGUUAAACAAAUUCAAGUGCUAAAAUGUAUUCACUUCAUAUAUCAUCGCUACCAGAGAGUUUAUUAACGGUUUCCCCGGAAUAUUUCAAACUACGUCCGUUAACUUCAAGAGCCAAGAUUCAUUCCAUUCAUAUAUCAU